CCUAGAAUAAAAUAUCUCCUACUCCUUAAUUUCACUCGUCUCCUUUCCCUUAUAUCCUCCUAUCUUUUUAAUAGUCCUAAUAAUGGUUACUAUUCGUUCUUUCACCCUUUUAGCAUUAGCAUUCGCUUCUUCUUCUUUAGCUGCUACUGUCACUUUCGACUGCACCAAGGUGCCAAAUAUCUGCGCAAAUGAUUUCUACGCAAUCAACUGUGUCGGUAAACCCACACAAUUAAAUCGGGACAGUGAUGAUGCCACGGCUCAUCGUGCUGCAAAUGCAUGUCGUUCUCCAAAUAGAUGUUCUGGAAACGAUGACAGUUCUAACAGUUGCGACGAAUAUCCUUAUGCUUCUUCCCAACAAGGAGGUAAAGGAGCAGUAACUCGCUGCGUACCAGCUCAUGAAAAUAGUGUACAAGGAGGUGUAAUUUCUAGUUUUUACUCUCGCAACAGUGUCGAAAAUGGUGAUGCAUACAACGUCGCAUUCAGCAACACGAAUGGAAUCCAAUACACGAAUUCAUGUUCCAACACGGGAAAUGAAGUGAUCCGACGAUCGGGUUCGGCUCCGUUCUAUACACCACGUAGAUUUAUAACAAGUGAAGGACAUGAAUUGCUCAUGUUUGAAUCUCGUGAAGAACCUGGAUCGCUUGAUGGUGUUAUUGGACAAGAUACUUACCUAGCCCAUGAAGAUCGUUUCGUCAAAAUCGUUCGUGCGCUCUAAAUAUGACGAGGCUUGACGCUGAAUUAUAGCAACCAUUAUAAUCCCCAAAAAUAAUCUUUUCUAUCCUCUUAUGACUAUACCUUGCUUUUCGUAAUUCCUGUCUCUGCAUGAAAUGCUAUCUUUUGCAAUUCUCUCUGAUUGAACAGUAACAGAUAGCCGUG